AUGUCUAGUCCAUCAAAAAAGAGAAAGUUAAAUAAUGCCGGGAAACAACCUGGAGCUCAGUCUAAAGGCUUAGAGUUCUUCUUUGCCAAGCAAAGACAGAAUAAUGUUGGCAACUCUUCGUCAGAUGGUGCUCCACCGCCCAAUUCCACCGCCGGGAAUUUGACGGAUGAGGAGUUGGCCCGUAAGCUUCAAGCGGAGUGGGAUAAGGAAGGUCAAGGAGAGAUUAAAAGCGAGGCAGAUGAGUCUCGGGGGACCGGAACGCCUACGGACUCUGCAAAUAAUGGAUCAAGCCUUAUCCCUCCAAAUGAGAGUGAUCCUCCUCCGAAAGUAGAAGACAAAUCAGCUGGGUCAUUGGCAACCACUCUUACGUUGCAAUCCACUGGGAUGGCCGAAGAUGCAAUUACUACAUCAAUUCCUCUAGACGAACCCCCGUUGACCUUUGAACCGUCAAAAUAUUUGGAGUCGCUGAAGGAGCAUUGGGCCGCGGAAGGCGGAAAUUGUUCCUAUGCUUUGCUUACCAGGUGUUUCGUUCUCGUCAGUGGAACUACGAGCCGCAUCAAAAUAGUUGAUACGCUUGUGAAUUGCCUUCGGCUGCUCAUAGAAGGAGACCCGUCAAGUUUACUUCCCGCUGUGUGGCUAGCUACGAAUUCUAUAUCACCAGCAUACAUAUCUUUGGAGCUGGGCUUGGGUGGUUCUGCAAUAUCUAAAGCCCUCAAGCAAGUUUGUGGCUUGGAUAACAGAUCUUUGAAAGCAAUCUAUGACAAAUACGGCGAUGCGGGUGACGUCGCGUUCGAGGCGAAGAAGAAGCAAAGCUUCACACUCAGGAAGCCCAGACCACUGACAGUUAAAGGUGUGUAUCAAUCCCUCGUCAAGAUUGCCAACUCUCAGGGACAAGGUAGCGGGGAAGCGAAACAACGCAUCGUAGAUCGGUUAUUGCAAGAUGCCAGGGGUGGCGAAGAGAGCCGUUUCAUUGUUCGAACGCUUUGCCAGCACCUACGGAUCGGCGCUGUCAAAACCACAAUGCUCAUCGCGCUGUCAAGGGCGUUUCUACUUUCUCGCCCGCUUGGUGCGGAUUACUCCACGAAGCCGAUUGCUGAGCUCUCCAAGCUGAAGAAAGAAGAGCUGGCCGAGAUUUGGGGAAGGGCUGAGGAGAUUGUAAAAGCUUGCUUUGCGCGACGGCCCAACUAUGACGAUUUGAUUCCGGUUCUUCUCGAGAUUGGUGUAACCGAUGAACUACUGGUUAGAUGUGGGCUAGCGCUCCAUAUCCCUCUUCGACCAAUGUUGGGCAGCAUUACUAGAGACUUGUCUGAGAUGCUGACGAAGUUGCAAGGAAGAGACUUUGCCUGCGAGUAUAAGUAUGAUGGGCAAAGAGCUCAAGUGCAUUGCGAUGACCGAGGAAAGGUGUCGAUUUUCUCAAGGCACCUGGAGCUUAUGACGGACAAAUAUCCCGACCUUGUAGAAUUAGUCCCCCGAAUUCGAGGAGAGGGCGUCAGCAGCUUCAUUAUGGAGGGCGAAGUUGUUGCCGUGGAUAGGGAGACCGGUGAGCUCAAGAACUUUCAAACUCUGACAAAUCGGGCGAGAAAGGAUGUUGAGAUUGGCAGCAUCAAGAUUGAUGUUUGCUUGUUUGCCUUCGAUUUGAUGUUUCUAAAUGGGCAACCGCUGUUGGACCGUUCAUUUCGGGAGAGACGUGAGUUGCUCAAAUCGCUCUUCACCGAAGUCCCUCACAAUUUCACCUGGGUAAAAAGCCUUGAUGCCACCUCCAGCGAUUCCGAAACCGUGUUAGACUUCUUCAAGUCUGCCACCGAUAGCAAGUGCGAGGGAAUCAUGGUCAAGAUUUUGGAUAACCUCGUCGACAUGCCUUAUGUCGGAGACGGGGAAGCCGUGCCGGUUGAGGAAACGGAGAAACUCUCUACCCCCAAGGCGAAAUCUAAGAAGAAGAAGAAAGGAAGCAAUAGUGCGGCGCCGACAACAGAUGGGGAGCAAAAGAAGCCUGCUUCUCGACGAAAGCCCCUUCUCGCGACAUACGAACCCGAUAAGCGACUGGACUCCUGGCUUAAGGUGAAGAAAGACUAUAACUCGAGUUUUGAUACGUUGGACUUGGUCCCAAUUGCAGGAUGGCAUGGUCAAGGCCGAAAAGCGAAGUGGUGGUCGCCAAUACUGCUUGCUGUCCGCAACGAAGAGACAGGCACAUUGGAAGCAGUAUGCAAAUGCAUAUCCGGAUUUACCGACGCCUUCUACAAAGCGACAAAGCAAUUUUAUGACAAUGGUGAAGAGAGCGGAGAGCGCAAAAACACAAGGUCUCAGAUGCCGAGCUUUAUAGAAUACUCUGGUCCCAUGCCUGACGUAUGGUUUGAACCGCAGGAAGUCUGGGAGAUGGCAUUUGCAGACAUUACACUAAGUCCGACUUACACCGCGGCUAUUGGUCUCGUCAGUGACGAACGGGGACUCAGCCUGAGAUUCCCUCGGUUCCUUCGAAAAAGGGACGACAAGAGCUUGGAAGAAGCGAGUACGAAUGAAUUUUUGGCUGGGCUUUGGAGAAAGCAGGAAGCCAAGGCGGCACCACGAGAGGCAAAGGACGCAAAGGAAGAUGACGAUUUAGUGCAAAUAGACGAGGAAUAA